AUGGAGGAUUGGAUGCUUCCCUCACCCAGCCCAAGAACACUGAUGCCAAGCUUCUUCAGCGAAGAAUUCAGCUCCGCUCCAUUCUCCAACAUCUUUGGUGACGAUAGAAGCAACAAACCACUGGAUGAAAUUGAGAAGAGUAAAUCUUUCAUUGGUUCGAGUGCUCAAGAUACCUCUCAAGAUAUGAAAGACCAUCCACAGACUGAAUCAAACCUUUUUGGCGCAAAUCAGAAAUCAACCUCUCCUGGAGGUCUUGCAGAGAGGAUGGCCGCAAGAGCGGGUUUUGGUGUCCUGAAAAUUGACACGUCCCGUGUCAGUUCAUCUGGUGCACCAAUUCGGUCUCCUGUGACAAUUCCUCCUGGUGUGAGCCCCAGGGAACUUCUUGUGUCACCGGUUUUCCUUCCAAAUGCCAUUUCGCAACCUUCUCCUACCACUGGUAAAUUGCCAUUCCUGAUGCCUAAUAAUUUUAAAUCAACAAUGCCGUCCGUCUCCGAGAAGUCUGAAGAUCACUCACAUGAAGAUUCUGCGUUUUCCUUCCAGCCCAUUUUGAGGUCUAAACCAUCAACCUUAUGGACUGCAGAGAAGGGGUCAAGUGUUGUUCACCAAACCCAGUCCUUAGCGAAGGAUAGUCUGGAGUUAAAUCUUCAUGCUAACCCAACUGCGACCAAGCAUGAAACUGAGGAAAAUCUAGUUAAACCUAAGACAUAUGAUUCCAUGUUUGAUAAUGAUCAUCCUUCCCCUGACGUUGAGCCAGAACAGAGCGAGGAAAUCCAAAAUGGGGAAGAUUCUUCAGCUCCACUCACUGGCACCGCCGAGGAUGGAUAUAACUGGAGAAAAUAUGGAGAAAAGCAAGUGAAGAACAGUCAACAUCCAAGGAGCUACUACAAAUGCACUCACCCAAAAUGCCCUGUCAAGAAAAUGGUGGAGCGUUCUCUAGAAGGUCAUAUAACGGAGAUAGUCUACAGAGGUUCUCAUAGUCACCCACUGCCGCUUCCCAACCGCCGGCCAAGUGUCCCUUUGUCGCAAUUCAAUGAUUCAGAAGCUGAUGGUCUGGAGAACUUCAGUUCCAAGCCUGGGCCUGGCUAUAACUCGGCAACUUCACAGGGAAUUGCUCCGAAUGGCCAGUUCCAAGAUGUGCACAGCGGAGCUCUUGAAACAAAACUGUCUGGCUCUCUUCCUACAACCGAGAUUGCUGACACGUCUGUUAUGGAGUCUAUGGAUGUCUCAUCAACACUCUCCUCCAAUGAGAAGGGUAAUAGGGCAAUGCAUUGUGCCGUUUCUUCAACCAAUGGCAUGAACGAAGACGAGACUGAAUCUAAAAGAAGGAAAAUGGAGGUUUCUGCCGCUACUAACACUAGCAACACUGGCAUUGAUAUGGCGGCUAUGGCAUCAAGGGCUUCCCGGGAGCCUCGGAUUGUUGUGCAAACAACAAGCGAGGUCGACAUCCUUGACGAUGGCUACCGCUGGCGCAAGUAUGGGCAGAAAGUUGUGAAAGGCAACCCAAACCCAAGGAGCUACUAUAAAUGCACUUAUGCGGGCUGCUCAGUGCGCAAGCAUGUGGAGAGGGCCUCGAACGAUCUCAAGUCCGUGAUCACGACGUAUGAGGGGAAACACAACCAUGAAGUUCCAGCUGCCAGGAACAGCAAUGGGCAUCCGAGCUCUGGCUCCAGUGCUGCACCACAGGGUAGCGGCCUUCACCGGAGGCCAGAGCCUCCGCAAUUCAGCAUGCCUCAAUUGAGCGCUGCUGCUGCUGCCUACGGCUCACUCUGUCUCCCACCACAACUCAGUGCAGCUUCAGGGGGUUUCCAUUGGAAUGCUCCCCCCUGGCAUGGCAAUGCCGGUACCAUCUCUGGGCAACUUCAUGCAAGCGCAGGUGCCUGGCCAUGGAUCGCCAAUGCAGGGCUGCACAGGCCUCAUGCUGCCAAGAGGCGAGGCGAAGGUGAACCCAGAGCAGCAGUCCAGAUUACCGGUGGCGAAUGGGAAUGCCUCGGCAACUUACCAGCAGCUCAUGGGCAGGUGGUCUCAGGAUCAUCAGAUGUAAAUACUCCAGCAGGGACAGAGAUGAAGAGAUAG